AUGAUACAUGAACUAGGCACUAGGCAGCUGCAUGAUGGCAGCGCACACAAGCUGGUCUUAGGGUCCAGAGCAAAGCGGCAUCAGAAGAAGAAAAAGAAGAAAGCCGUACCCCGCGACGCUGUACAAAUUACGGCCGUGUCUCCCAGCUUGGCUCAUUCUGCAUCCUGCACACUCAAAAUCGCAAGCAGCAUUCGCUUCCCCUCUGCUGCCUCCACCCCAUCUCCGUCUCUCCUCCGGAUGGCGCCGCAGAAGGUGGUCGUGAAGGUCUCUUCUAUGAGCGACGAGAGGGUGAAGCAGAAGGCCAUGGAAACCGUUGCAGACAUCUAUGGUAUCGACUCAAUAGCCGCGGACCACAAGGAUCAGAAGAUGACGGUGAUAGGUGAUAUGGACAGCGUCGUGAUCGCCAAGAAGCUGCGGAAGUUCGGGAGGAUCGACAUCCUGUCCGUUGGGCCGGCGAAAGAAGAGAAGAAGGAUGAUAAGAAAGGGGAGAAGAAGUGA